AGAAAACAAUGCAAGAAACAUGGAAAGGCCCCUUGGAUGGAUGAUCCUAAUUAUCCUCCAUCUCCUGAUCUGAGAUGUAGAGGGCCAGCAUCAGGUCUCGUCCUUCCAAAAGCUCUCAGAAAGGAGAAACCCCACAAGCAUACAAGCCACGGCCACUUGCUUUUUCACAACAAGCUGCUCUUUCUUUACCGUAAGCCUUACGCAGCUCACCAGCUGACAUCUUCUAUCAUUUCCAACCCACUCCCUCCCAUCAAUUUUCUCGUCUUUUAAUCGGAUCUACGUUGCAGUGCAUCUUUUUUAUUCCAGAGAAGCUUCUUAACGUUUCAACUUCGUGUUAUCCAACAAUAUAGAGACUGCUACUGAUAGUGGAGUUCCUUAGAUCUGCUUGCUUUCUGUCUUCUCUCACCAAGCUUCCAUAUUCCCUUCCGCAGGUGUUCGGUGGUGUUUAAUAUCUGAACUCCAACAACUUCCAAUACACCCUCUAUCCUCUGCCACAAAGUUCUGUCUCUCUCUUGUUUUUUCUCUGGGUGAAGCGAGAAGGAUAAAAAAAAGGCCGUUUCAGCCCUCUUAGUUUCUGUCUGUUGUUGUUGUAAUGCUGAGUGAUUUACGGAAGGGGAUGUGGUAAUUUUCCUGCAUUGCGAUGCCAGAGGCCGACCGGAGAGAGAUUUCAGCUUGGCUGCAAUCAUGAAGAACUGAGAAGUUGAUCGAAGAUGUUUAAGGUGGCGAGAUGGCGGAGCGAGAAGAACAAGAUCAAAGCUGUGUUCAAAUUCCAGUUCCAGGCAACCCAGGUACCGCGGGCUGGAUGGGAGAUGAUCAUGGUAACCUUGGUUCCUGUAGAUACUGGAAGACCAACUGCGAAAUCAGAGAAGGUUGCGGUGAUUGACGGAACCUGUCGCUGGGCAAAUCCAAUCUAUGAAACAGUGAUAUUAGUCCGAGAUCCAAAAACUGGAAGGAUCAAUGAGAGAGUUUACCGGUUUCUUGUCUCAACAACGGGAUCAACCAAAGCUGAAGUCCUGGGAGAAGUCGCCAUCAAUAUAGCAGAUUACGCUGAAGUGUUUAAGCCCUCCUCUGUUUCUCUUCCCCUGAAGGCAUCAAACAUAGGAGCUAUACUGCAUGUUACGGUGCACAGAUUGCAGGGUGAUGGCAAGGGAAGGGAAAGUAGUGAAAGCGGAGAUACAACAGUCGGACAGCAACAAAAAACAUUUCUGAGUCAGUUAAGCAAGUGCGACGAAGAGGAACUCACCAAUGCUAUUGAUGGCACAAAGGGCAUCAAGUCUGUGGAAGACACCUCACUAAUAAAUAGCCGAGGACAACAAAAAUUCUCAUCCAGCAGAAACUUGCCACUUCCUGAUGAUUCAAAUGACAACCUCAGUAAAUCUCACAGCUUUGUCGCUAGAUCAACAUCAGACUCAGAUGCUGGUUCAGUAUAUACAGCAAAAGAAAAUGGAUUCAGUCAUAACAACAUCCAUCAGGACUCGCCUGGCUUGCUGUCACUUCUCGGCAACAGUGAUACUCCUCAAAAGCUGAUGACCAGCUCGACUGACUGGUCUGGAACUUCAGCUCCAGAUGGAAGCACUGAUGGGUCGACAAACAGUUCAGAAGAGGCUGGGCUGAGAGAAAGAUUGCAGGACCCAGAUGAAACCCUUGAAAAACUAAGGAAUGAUAUUGUUUCUUUGACAAGAAAGGCAGAAAUAUCAGAGAUGGAACUGCAGACUCUCAGAAAGCAAAUUGUUAAGGAGAGCAGGCGAGGACAAGAUCUUUCAAGAGAAAUAAGUAGCCUAAAAGAUGACAGGGAUGCACUCAGAAUUGAAUGUGAAGAACUCAAGCUCUCACAGAAAAUAACAAUUGAUGAUAAAAAUGUUAUACAUAAGUUACAACCUGAUGGAGAAGAUCCAUGUUCAAUGCUUGAAGAAAUUAAGAAAGAGCUGAAUCAUGAGAAAAAUAUGAAUGCAAAUCUCCACUUGCAACUACAGAAGACACAAGAGGCUAACUCUGAGCUGUUACUCGCUGUCAGAGAUCUGGAUGAACUGUUGGAACAGAAAAACAGGGAAAUCUCAUCUGGCAAAUGCAGCAAAGUGGAUCUUAAGGAGGAAAUCAAUGGGCACUUCCAAAAAUUGGAAUUUGGAAACAGAUUCUCACAUCUGCACAAUCCCGAACAUAGACAAGGGAUACACAAACAAACCUCUGAACAAGAUAGAGAAGAGCAGUAUGGAUUGGAUGUAUUAGUAAAGGAGGGGGAUGAUAAGAAAGUGGCAAUUUCACUAGAGAAGAAGAUCAUAGACCUCAACAGUGAAGUAGAGUUGUUCAAGAAAGAUCGUGAAGACCUGGAAAUGCAAAUGGAACAGCUUGCUCUGGAAUAUGAGAUCUUGAAACAGGAAAACCAUGACAUAUCUUCAAAGCUGGAACAAACACAGCUGCGAGAACAACUCAGGAUGCAGUAUGAAUGUUCAGCACACUUAGCCACUAUCAAUGACCUUGAAGCCCAUGUAGAAAGUUUGGAGAAAGAACUUCAGAGUCAGGCCGAAGCAUUUGAAGCAGAUAUAGAAACUAUAACACUAGCCAAGGCAGAGCAAGAGAAAAGAGCCAUAAAAGCUGAAGAGGCAUUGAGGAAGACGAGAUGGAACACUGCCAGCACUGCUGAACGGCUCCAAGUAGAAUUUAGAAGGCUUUCUGAACAAAUGGCAUCUACAUUUCAUGCAAAUGAGAAAUUAAACAUGCAAAGACUAAAUGAAGCUAGGGAACUGCAUUUGCAAAAAAACCACAUUGAAGAACUAUUAAAGAGAACAAAUGAAGAGCUUGUAUUAGUAAAAGGCCAGUACUGCAUUAAAACGCAGCAGCUACUAAGCCUGAUAGGUUUCAAAUCCAAGGAAACUGAUAGGCUACUCCUGGAACUCAAAGAUAAACGUGAGGAGCUUGAGAAGCAAAAGAAACAAGAUGAAGUGAGGACAAAUGCUUCCUCAGAAGAAAAGCUGUUGCUCACAGCUGAGAUUGAAAAGCUUCAGAGAGAGAAAAAUCUUCUUACUGAACAGAUGGAACAGAGAGAAAAAUGGGUAGCCGGGAUGGAACAAUUGAAGACAUCAACUGAAGUAAAUGAGAAGCUACUGCAAAACAACAAUUUGGAACAAGAUGCGCUUGCUAGAGAAAUCACAUCAUUGAAGGAGGAAGUAAAUAAUUCGGUGGCAAAAUUGAAUGAACUGAGGCAAGUAAGGGAUGAAAAACAGACAAUGAUCGGAAUGAUGAAAUCAGAAAUAGAAACCCUUAAAGCACACAUCAGUGACUUGAAAGCUCCCUUGACUGAGGAUCUGGAAAAGGUGAACCUGAUGAAACAAAUUUCUGACUUAAGGAGUGACCUUCAGAAGAAGGAAGACAUGAUUACCAGUAUGGAGAGAACACUUGAGGACAGCAAUGUGGCAGCAAAUGCAAACAGUGAUCUCUCAAACAAACAGACUGGAAACAUGCCUGAAGAUGAGAAGGUCAUACCAACAAAUAUUGAAGGUUUCAACAUUGCCCAAAUACAGAAGGGAAAGCAUUAUGCUAAGAACUUGAAGUCUGUUAGCACCAACAAUGUUGAAAACAAUGAGCAUCAUGAUCAAUACCCCAGGAUAGGAGAUAAAAAAUGUAUGCAUGAAAUAAAUGGUGCCGGUAAAGAACUAGUCAUAAGCAACAACGGAGCUAAUUCCGAGAUAGAAGGAAGCUUUGUUUCCUGUACCUGUGAAGGGCACAGGAUAGCCGAAACAUUAAGUGAAAUGGCAGCACUGAAAAAACGAAAUCAAGUAAUGGAAGCUGAGCUAAAAGAAAUGCAGGAAAGAUAUUCUGACAUAAGUCUCAAGUUCGCAGAAGUAGAAGGUGAAAGGCAACAGCUUGUGAAAACAAUCCGGACUCUAAAAAGUGCUUUGAAGAAUUAGCAUUGUUCAAUUUAGUACGUGAGAUUGAGUUUUCUGUAUAGGGAAGCAACGGGAUGCUCUGGACGGAAGAUCCAGGACUUGCAAGGCCAUUAGGAGUUGCAGGAGAUGUAUAGCUUGUACAUCCAUAUAUACUUUUUCUUUUCCAUUUGGAUGCUACAUUUGCUUUUUCUGUUGAAAGAUGUGCAAAGUUUCAGUUAAAUUU